AUGAGUAGCACGUUAGCAAAGAUCGCGGAGAUCGAAGCUGAGAUGGCUCGGACUCAGAAGAACAAGGCCACAGCGCACCACCUAGGGCUGCUGAAGGCGCGCCUGGCCAAGCUCCGCAGAGAGCUCAUUACUCCGAAGGGCGGAGGCGGCGGCGGCCCGGGAGAAGGUUUUGAUGUGGCCAAAACAGGCGAUGCUCGGAUCGGGUUUGUGGGUUUUCCAUCUGUGGGGAAGUCAACGCUGCUCAGUAACCUGGCAGGGGUGUAUUCCGAGGUGGCAGCCUAUGAGUUCACCACUCUCACCACUGUGCCUGGUGUCAUCAGAUACAAGGGUGCCAAGAUCCAGCUCCUGGAUCUCCCAGGCAUCAUUGAAGGUGCCAAGGAUGGGAAAGGUCGAGGCCGUCAAGUCAUUGCAGUGGCUAGAACCUGUAACUUGAUCCUUAUUGUUCUGGAUGUCCUGAAACCCUUGGGACAUAAGAAGAUCAUUGAAAAUGAGCUGGAAGGCUUUGGCAUUCGUUUAAACAGCAAACCUCCCAACAUUGGCUUUAAGAAGAAGGACAAAGGAGGCAUUAAUCUCACGGCUACUUGCCCACAGAGCGAACUGGAUGCGGAAACCGUGAAGAGCAUUCUGGCUGAAUACAAAAUCCACAAUGCGGAUGUGACUCUGCGCAGCGAUGCCACGGCUGAUGACCUCAUCGACGUGGUGGAAGGGAACAGAGUUUAUAUCCCUUGUAUCUAUGUUUUAAACAAGAUUGAUCAGAUCUCCAUUGAGGAACUGGAUAUCAUCUAUAAGGUGCCUCACUGCGUGCCGAUCUCUGCCCAUCACCGCUGGAACUUCGAUGACCUGUUGGAGAAGAUCUGGGACUACCUGAAACUAGUGAGGAUUUACACCAAGCCCAAGGGCCAGUUGCCGGAUUACACGUCCCCGGUGGUGCUGCCCUACUCGAGGACCACGGUGGAGGAUUUCUGCAUGAAAAUUCACAAGAAUCUUAUCAAGGAGUUUAAGUACGCUCUGGUCUGGGGUCUCUCUGUGAAGCACAACCCUCAGAAAGUGGGUAAAGACCACACGCUGGAGGAUGAGGACGUCAUUCAGAUUGUGAAGAAGUGA